UGUGUGUUUGUCUGGCAGGUCUGGCUGGUGUCCUCUGACGACUACGCUCUCUGAAUUGGUCUUCAUGGGGGUUCUCUACAUCAACUCCUCUCUGCUCUACGUCUCUCACAGACCCAUCAACUACACGGCCGAUGAGAGGACAGUGUAUGAGCAUUGCAAAGACAUGCCUGCUGUACUCAUUUGGUAUCUGGGCCUGCAGUUCAUUAACAUGUUCCUGGGCAUCCCGGCCAACAUCAUGGUGCUGUGGCUCAUCCACAAGAACAAGGGUGACUCCUCCACCUCAGAUAUCUUCAUCCUCCAUCUGGCAAUUAUAGAUGUCCUCUUCUGUCUCAUCCCUCCCCUCGAGCUGGCCAACAUCGUCUUCCUCACCACCAGCAGCACCUGGUAUGUCCUGCGCUUCUUCUAUGGCAUGAAAGACUCCUCACCACUCCUCCUCUCCUGCAUUUGCCUGGACCGCUACAUGGCCGUAGUCCACCCCAUCACCUUCACUGAGCUCAAGGACCGCCAGCACAGAGCGGUUCUUGCCAUCGUGGUGUGGUUGAUCACUCUGGCCUACGCCUCUGCGAAGUGCGUGGGCAACAUCGUCAACUUCGAGAAGGUCUUCACAGGGAUGAUCCUCGCAGCGUUUGCCUUCAUGGUCUUCUGCAACAUGGCGAUUCUCCUGGCGCUCCGGCAGUCGGGGCCCGGCAGAGAUGAGAUGCACCCUGUGAAGAAGAGAGCCUUCAAGAUGGUCCUCAUCAUCUUGGCCAUCAUUGUGUUCAACUACUUCCCACCUGUUGCACUGUUCCCCUUCCAGCACUACUUCUCUCCGAAAGUGUUUCGCUGCUACAUUCACUAUCUUGCCUUUGGCUUGAUGGACUUCAGCAGCAGCAUUCAGCCCAUGCUCUAUCUGUCCAAGGAAAAGCUGCCGUGGAGCUGCUGCCAGACCAGUGCAACCCGGAUCCAAGAUAAAUGA